AGUCUUCCACUGAGGGCCGCUGAGCUCUCCUGCCCUCCAUCCAGCCUCCUGCGAGAACCCUGAGGGGCUUCCUGCUCCGCCGGAGCCCCGCUCCUGCAGAAAGGAAAGCAGACGCAGCGAGCCGGAGAAACAUGCAUCAGAUUCGACCCUAAGUGCACACAGGAGCCCAGGGACACGCACGUCUUCAGGUUCGCUCAGGGUUCCCACUUGGUGCUCAGACACGUUCAAAAUGAGGAAACAUCGACACUUGCCCUUGGUGGCCAUCUUUUGCCUCUUUCUCUCAGGCUUUUCUCUUACCCGUGCCCAACAACAGCAAGCAGCACAAGACUCUGCUGACAUUAUUUUCCUUAUUGACGGAUCAAACAACACCGGAAGUGCCCAUUUCGCAGUCAUUCGCAACUUCCUUGUUAAUCUCCUUGAGAGACUCUCGGUUGGAACUCAGCAGAUCCGAGUGGGGGUGGUCCAGUAUAGCGAUGAGCCCAGAACCAUGUUCUCCUUGGACACCUACACCACCAAGGGACAGGUUCUGGAUGCAGUGAAAGCCCUUUCGUUCACUGGUGGGGAGCUGGCCAAUAUCGGCCUCGCCCUUGAUUUCGUGGUGGAGAACCACUUCACCCGGGCAGGGGGCAGCCGAGUGGAGGAAGGGGUUCCCCAGGUGCUGGUCCUCAUAAGUGCCGGGCCUUCUAGUGACGAGAUCCGAGACGGGGUCAUAGCCCUGAAACAGGCUAGUGUGUUCUCGUUUGGCCUCGGAACCCAGGCCGCCUCCAGGGCAGAGCUCCAGCACAUAGCUACCAGUGACAACAUGGUGUUUACCGUCCCGGAAUUCCGUAGCUUUGGGGACCUCCAGGAACAAGUACUGCUGUACAUUGUUGGCGUGGCCCAAAGGCGCAUUGUCUUACAACCGCCAACCAUUGUCACGGAAGUCAUCGAAGUCAACAAGAGAGACAUAGUUUUCCUGGUGGAUGGCUCAUCCGCACUGGGACUGGCCAACUUCAAUGCAAUCCGAGACUUCAUUGCCAAAGUCGUCCAGAGGCUGGAAAUCGGACAGGAUCUUAUCCAAGUGGCCGUGGCUCAGUACGCUGAUACUGUGAGGCCAGAGUUUUAUUUCAAUAGCUACCCCAGUAAAAGGGAAGUCAUUACCGCCGUGCGGAGAAUGAAGCCCAUGGAAGGCUCGGCCCUGUACACGGGCUCUGCUCUGGACUUCGUUCGGAACAACCUAUUCACUAGCUCGGCUGGCUACCGGGCCGCCGAGGGGGUCCCUAAGCUUCUGGUGCUGGUGACAGGUGGUAAGUCCCUAGAUGAGAUCAGCCAGCCUGCCCAGGAGCUGAAGAGAAGCAGCAUCAUGUCCUUUGCCAUUGGGAACAAGGUUGCCGACCAGGCUGAGCUGGAAGAGAUUGCUUUCGAUUCCUCCCUGGUGUUCAUCCCUGCCGAGUUCCGAGCAGCCCCUUUGCAAGGCGUGUUGCCCGGCUUGCUGGCGCCUCUCAGGACCCUCACCGGAACCACUGAAGUUCACGUAAACAAAAGGGAUAUCAUCUUUCUUUUGGAUGGAUCGUUCAACGUUGGCAAGACCAAUUUCCCUUACGUGCGAGACUUUGUCAUGAACGUAGUUAACAGCCUCGAUGUCGGAAGCGACAAUAUCCGUGUCGGUUUAGUGCAAUUUAGCGACACGCCCGUAACCGAGUUCUCCCUAAACACAUACCAGACAAAGUCAGAUUUGCUUGCUCAUCUGAGGCAGCUGCAGCUCAAGGGGGGGUCGGGCCUGAACACCGGCGCAGCCCUGAGCUAUGUCCAUGCCAACCACUUCACCGAAGCUGGCGGCAGCAGGAUCCGCGAACACGUGCCGCAGCUCUUGCUCCUGCUCACAGCCGGGCGGUCCGAGGACUCCUAUGGGCAAGCUGCCGAUGCCCUAGCACGCGCAGGCAUCCUGACCUUUUGUGUGGGAGCUAGCCAGGCGAAUAAGGCAGAGCUUGAGCAGAUUGCUUUUAACCCGAGCCUGGUGUAUCUCAUGGACGAUUUCAGCUCCCUGCCAGCUUUGCCUCAGCAGCUCAUUCAGCCCCUAACCACAUAUGUUAGUGGAGGUGUGGAGGAAGUCCCACUCGCCCAGCCAGAAAGCAAGCGAGACAUUCUGUUCCUCUUUGACGGCUCAGCCAAUCUCGUGGGCCAGUUCCCUGCCGUCCGCGACUUUCUCUACAAGGUUAUUGACGAGCUUGACGUGAAGCCCGAUGGGACCCGGAUAGCGGUGGCUCAGUACAGCGAUGAUGUCAAGGUGGAGUCCCGUUUUGAUGAGCACCAGAACAAGCCUGAGAUCCUGAACCUGGUGAAGAGAAUGAAGAUCAAGACCGGCAAAGCCCUCAAUCUGGGUUACGCGCUGGACUACGCACAGAGAUACAUCUUUGUGAAGUCUGCGGGAAGCCGGAUCGAGGACGGAGUGGUUCAGUUCCUUGUGCUGCUGGUUGCUGGAAGGUCAUCAGAUCGUUUGGACACGCCGGCGCUCAACCUGAAACAGAGCCAGGUGGUGACCUUCGUAUUGCAGGCCAAGAACGCAGAUCCCGCCGAGCUGGAGCUGAUGGUGCCGUCCCCGGUCUUCAUCCUGGCCGCCGAGUCACUCCCCAAGAUCGGAGACCUUCAACCACAGAUCGUCAAUCUCUUAAAAUCCGUGCAGAAUGGGGCGCCGACACCAGUUGCAGGUGAAAAGGACGUGGUGUUUCUGAUAGAUGGCUCUGAGGGUGUCAGGAGCGGCUUCCCUCUGUUGAAAGAGUUCGUCCAGAGAGUGGUGGAGAGCCUGGAUGUGGGCCCCGACCGGGUUCGUGUGGCCGUGGUACAGUACAGUGACCGGACCAGACCUGAGUUCUAACUGAAUUCAUACAUGGACCAGCAGAGUGUGGUCGGCGCCAUACGCAAGCUGACUCUCCUGGGAGGGCCGACCCCCAACACUGGGGCCGCCCUGGACUUUGUCCUGAGGAAUAUCCUGGUCAGCUCGGCUGGAAGCAGGAUAGCAGAAGGUGUCCCCCAGCUCCUGAUUGUCCUCACGGCUGACAGGUCUGGGGAUGACGUGAGGGGCCCCUCUGUGGUCCUGAAGAGGGGAGGGGCGGUGCCCAUCGGCAUCGGCAUCGGGAAUGCUGACAUCACAGAGAUGCAGACCAUCUCCUUUAUCCCUGACUUUGCUGUGGCCAUCCCCACCUUCCGGCAGCUAGGGAGCGUCCAGCAGGUGGUCUCCGACAGGGUGAUUCAGCUCAGCCGGGAAGAGCUGAGCAGGUUGCAGCCAGUUUUGCUGCCUCCAACGAGCCCAGGUGUUGGAAACAAGAAAGAUGUGGUGUUUCUCAUCGACGGGUCCCAAAACGCUGGCCCUGAGUUUCAGUACAUCCGCACCCUCAUUGAGAGGCUGGUUGACUACCUGGAUGUGGGCUUCGACACGACUCGGGUGGCCGUCAUCCAGUUCAGCGAGGACCCCAGGGUGGAGUUCCUGCUGAAUGCCCACUCCAGUAAGGAUGAAGUACAGAAUGCAGUGAGGCGGCUGAGGCCCAAAGGCGGGAGGCAGAUCAACAUUGGGGGUGCCCUGGAGUACGUGUCGAGGAAUAUCUUCAAGAGGCCACUGGGAAGCCGGAUCGAAGAGGGUGUCCCUCAGUUCCUGGUCCUCAUUUCAUCUGGGAAGUCUGAUGACGAGGUAGACGAUUCUGCGGCAGAGCUCAAGCAGUUUGGUGUGGCCCCAUUUGCUGUCGCGAGGAAUGCAGACCAGGAGCAGCUGGUAAAGAUCUCCCUGAGCCCCGAGUAUGUGUUCUCAGUGAGCACCUUCCGGGAGCUGCCAAGCCUGGAGCAGAAACUGCUGACCCCCAUCACAACCCUAACCUCAGAGCAGAUACAGCGGAUCCUAGCCAGCACUCGCUAUCCUUCUCCAGAUGUUGAGAGUGACGCUGCAGACAUUGUCUUCCUAAUCGAUAGCUCGGACAACGUCAAGCCCGACGGUAUUGCCCAUAUUCGGGACUUUGUUAGCAGGAUUGUUCGCAGACUCAACAUCGGCCCCAAUAAAGUGAGGAUUGGGGUUGUACAGUUCAGCAAUGAUGUUUUCCCAGAAUUCUACCUGAAGACCCAUAGAUCCCAGGGCCCUGUGCUUGAUGCCAUACGUCGCCUGAGGUUCAAAGGGGGGUCUCCGCUGAAUACCGGCAAAGCUCUGGAAUUUGUGGCAAGAAAUCUCUUUGUCAAGUCCGCCGGGAGCCGGAUAGAAGAUGGUGUGCCCCAACACCUGGUUCUGUUUCUGGGGGGCAAAUCCCAGGAUGAUAUUUCCAGGUUUUCACAGGUGAUUAGCUCCUCAGGGAUUGUGAGUUUAGGGGUGGGAGACCGAAAUAUCGACAGAACAGAGCUACAGACCAUCACCAAUGACCCCAGGCUGGUCUUCACGGUGCGAGAAUUCAGAGAGCUCCCCAACAUAGAAGAGAAGGUCAUGAACUCUUUUGGACCCUCUGGGAUCACACCCGCACCUCCAGGAGUGGACACACCUCCUCCCUCACGGCCAGAGAAAAAGAAAGCGGAUAUUGUGUUCCUGUUGGAUGGCUCCAUCAAUUUCAGGAGGGACAGUUUCCAGGAAGUGCUCCGUUUCGUCUCUGAAAUCGUGGACACGCUGUAUGAGGGGGGUGACUCCAUCCAAGUGGGGCUGGUCCAGUACAACUCUGACCCCACUGACGAGUUCUUCCUGAAGGACUUUACCACCAAGCAGCAGAUCAUCGACGCUAUCAAUAAAGUGGUUUACAAAGGGGGGAGACACGCGAACACCAAGGUGGGCCUUCAGCAUCUGCGGCUCAAUCACUUCGUGCCUGAGGCAGGCAGCCGCCUGGACCAGAGGGUCCCUCAGAUAGCGUUUGUGAUCACGGGCGGGAAGUCAGUGGAGGAUGCCCAGGAGGCCAGCCUGGCUCUCACCCAGAGGGGCGUCAAGGUGUUUGCUGUGGGCGUGAAGAACAUCGACUCUGAGGAGAUUGGGAAGAUAGCGUCCAACAGCGCGACGGCGUUCCGAGUGGGGAACGUCCAGGAGCUGUCUGACCUGAGCGAGCAAGUUUUGGAAACUCUGCAUGAUGCGAUGCAUGAAACCUUAUGUCCGGGUGUGACUGAUGUUUCCAAAGUCUGCAAUCUGGAUGUGAUUCUGGGAUUUGACGGGUCGAGGGAUCAGAACGUAUUUGUGACCCAGAAGGGCCUUGAGUCCAAGGUGGACACCAUCUUGAAUAGAAUCAGCCAGAUGCAAAGAAUCAGCUGCAGCGGUGGCCAGAUGCCCACCGUGCGGGUGUCGGUGGUGGCCAACACGCCCUCGGGCCCCGUGGAGGCCUUCGACUUUGCCGAGUACCAGCCUGACCUGUUCGAGAAGUUCCAGAACAUGCGCGGCCAGCACCCCUACGUCCUCACUGCAGACACGCUCAAGGUCUAUCAGAACAAGUUCAGACAGUCUUCAGCAGACAACGUGAAGGUGGUCAUUCAUUUUACCGACGGGGCGGACGGAGAUCUGGCUGAUUUACAAAGGGCGUCUGAGGCUCUCCGACAAGAAGGCGUCCAAGCUCUGAUCCUGGUGGGCCUUGAACGUGUAGCCAACUUGGAGCAGCUGAUGCAGCUGGAGUUCGGACGAGGUUUCAUGUACAACAGGCCCCUGAGGCUUAACCUGCUGGACCUCGAUUAUGAACUGGCCGAGCAGCUCGACAACAUUGCUGAGAAAGCUUGCUGUGGGGUCCCCUGCAAAUGCUCCGGGCAAAGGGGAGAUCGCGGGCCCAUUGGCAGCAUCGGGCCAAAGGGCAUUCCCGGGGAAGAUGGCUACCGGGGUUAUCCUGGUGACGAGGGCGGACCCGGCGAGCGGGGUCCUCCUGGCGUGAACGGCACUCAAGGUUUCCAGGGCUGCCCCGGGCAGAGAGGAAUAAAGGGCUCUCGUGGAUUCCCAGGAGAGAAGGGUGAAUUAGGAGAAAUCGGGCUGGAUGGUCUCAACGGCGAAGAUGGAGACAAAGGACUGCCCGGGUCUCCUGGAGAGAAAGGGAAUCCCGGAAGAAGGGGUGACAAGGGACCCAAAGGGGACAAAGGGGAGAGGGGAGACGUUGGAAUUCGAGGUGACCCGGGUGACUCAGGACGGGACAGUCAGCAGAGAGGACCCAAAGGAGAAACCGGGGACAUCGGCCCCAUGGGUCUCCCCGGGAGAGACGGGGUGUCUGGAAGGCCUGGAGACGCCGGGAAGGAUGGCGGCUUUGGCCGAAGGGGACCAGCGGGAGCUAAGGGCAACAAGGGCGGCCCGGGCCAGCCGGGCUCUGUGGGAGAGCAGGGCACCCGCGGUGCACAGGGUCCCCCUGGUCCCACGGGUCCUCCAGGCCUGAUUGGUGAACAAGGCAUUUCUGGGCCGCGGGGAAGUGGAGGGACUGUGGGUGUUCCUGGAGAACGUGGCAGAGUCGGUCCCCUGGGAAGAAAGGGCGAGCCUGGAGAGCCGGGACCAAAGGGAGGCGUCGGGAGCCAGGGCCCCCGAGGGGAGACGGGCGAUGACGGCAGAGAUGGGAUUGGCGGUGAAGGACGCAAAGGCAAAAAAGGAGAAAGAGGAUUCCCUGGGUACCCAGGUCCAAAGGGCACCCCUGGGGAGCCUGGGACAGGUGGAGCACCGGGACCCAAAGGCAUCAGAGGCCGCAGGGGAAAUUCAGGACCUCCAGGGGCAAUUGGGCAGAAGGGAGACCCUGGCUACCCAGGACCAUCUGGUCCCAAAGGCAACAGAGGUGACUCCGUGGAUCAAUGUGCCCUUGUCCAGAGCAUCAAAGACAAAUGUCCUUGCUGCUACGGGCCCCUGGAAUGCCCCGUCUUCCCGACGGAACUGGCCUUUGCCUUAGACACCUCGGAGGGGGUCACCCAAGACACGUUCAGCCGGAUGAGGGACGUGCUCCUGAGGAUUGUGGGCGACCUGACCAUUGCUGAGAGCAACUGCCCGAGGGGGGCACGCGUGGCCGUGGUCACCUACAACAACGAGGUGACCACGGAGAUCCGGUUCGCCGACUCCAAGAAGAAGUCGGUCCUCCUGGACAAGAUCAAGAACCUUCAGGUGGCUCUGACGUCCAAGCAGCAGAGUCUGGAAACGGCCAUGUCCUUCGUGGCCAGAAACACGUUUAAGCGCGUGAGGAACGGAUUCCUGAUGAGGAAAGUGGCCGUUUUCUUCAGCAAUAAGCCCACCAGGGCGUCCCCGCAGCUCAGGGAGGCUGUGCUAAAGCUUUCGGAUGCGGGGAUCACACCCUUGUUCCUCACCAGCCAGGAGGACCGGCAGCUCAUCAAAGCGUUGCAGAUCAAUAACACGGCAGUGGGACACGUGCUUGUCCUGCCCCCUAGGAGAGACCUCACCGACUUCUUGAAGAACGUCCUGACGUGUCACGUUUGCCUGGACAUCUGCAACAUUGACCCGUCCUGUGGCUUCGGCAGCUGGAGGCCUGCCUUCAGGGACAGGAGAGCGGCGGGCAGCGACGUGGACAUCGACAUGGCUUUCAUCUUAGAUAGCUCCGAGUCCACCAGCCUGUUCCAGUUCAAUGAGAUGAGGAAGUACAUAGGGUACCUGGUCAGACAGCUGGACCUGAGCCCAGACCCCAAGGCCUCCCAGCACUUUGCCAGGGUGGCUGUCGUGCAGCACGCGCCCUAUGAGUCCGUAGGGAACGCCAGCGCGCCCCCUGUGAAGGUGGAGUUCUCCCUGACGGACUACGGCUCCAAGGAGAAGCUGGUAGACUUUCUCAGCAGCAGAAUGACCCAGCUGCAGGGGACGAGGGACUUGGGCCGCGCCAUCGAAUACACCAUAGAGAACGUCUUUGAGAGCGCACCCAACCCACGGGACAUGAAGAUCGUGGUUCUGAUGCUCACGGGUGAGGUGGGCAAGCAGCAGCUGGAAGAGGCCCAGAGCGUCAUCUUGCAGGCCAAGUGCAAGGGUUACUUCUUCGUGAUUCUGGGCAUCGGCAGGAAGGUGAAUGUCAAGGAGGUGUACAACUUCGCCAGUGAGCCCAGCGACGUCUUCUUCAAACUAUUGGAUAAGUCGACUGAGCUCAACGAGGAGCCGCUGAUGCGCUUUGGGAGGUUGUUACCAUCCUUCGUCGGCAGUGAAAAUGCUUUUUACUUGUCCCCGGACAUCAGGAAACAGUGUGAUUGGUUCCAAGGCGACCAGCUGACAAAGAAUCUUGUCAAGUUUGGUCACAAGCAGUUAAAUAUUCCGAAUAACGUGACUUCAAGUCCUACAUCCAAACUAGUGACCAUGACGAAGCCGGUAACCACCACGACGAAGCCGGUAACCACCACGACGAAGCCGGUGACCACCACAACAAAGCCGGUCACCGUGGUAAACCUGCCGGCCUCCAAGCCAGUCGCAGCAAAGCCAGCCGCACCCAAACCGGCAGCUGUGAGACCGGUGGCUGCAAGACCCGUGGCCACCAAGCCUGAGGUCACCAAGACCGAGGCCACCAAAACGGCCACGGUCAGACCUGCAGUGGCUGCGAAGCCGGUGGCUGCGAAGCCAGUGGCUGCGAAGCCAGUGGCUGCGAAGCCAGCCGCGGUCAGACCCCCUGUCGUGACCAAACCGGUGGCUGCCAAGCCCGAGGCUGCCAAGCCCCAGGCGGCCAGACCGGCUACCAGCAAGCCAGACGCUGCGAAGCCCAUGGUUAAGGCGUUCCGGGAGGUCCAGGUGUCGGAGAUCACGGAGAAUAGCGCCAGACUCCACUGGGAGAGGCCCGAGCCCCCCAGUUCUUACUUCUAUGACCUCACUGUCACCUCGGCCCACGAUCAGUCCCUGGUGCUGAGGCAGAACCUGUCGGUCACGGAGCGUGCCAUCGGGGGCCUGCUCGCCGGGCACACAUACCACGUGGCGGUGCUUUGCUACUUGAAGUCUCAGGUCAGAGCUGCCUACCAAGGAAGUUUCACUACAAAAAAAGCUCAGUCCCCGUCUCCACCACAAGCAAGGUCAGCUUCUAGUUCAACCAUCAAUCUAAUGGUGAGCACGGAGCCACUGGCUGGUGGUGAAGCAGACAUAUGUAAGUUACCCAAAGAAGAAGGAACUUGCAGGAAAUUCAUACUGAAAUGGUACUACGACGCGGAUACCAAAAGCUGUGGGAGAUUCUGGUAUGGAGGCUGCGGUGGCAAUGAGAACAGAUUUAAUUCACAAAAAGAAUGUGAAAAAGUUUGCGCUCCCGCGCUCGUCAACCCCAGCGUCAUGGCUGCCAUGGGGACCUAAGCGUAGCCGAUGGUUACCACAUACCUCUUGAAGAAGGAGUCAGCCAUUUCCAAGUCGUCUCUGUAGAAGCUCUGGGUAUAGACAUCUUUGCACUGUUCCGUUUCUUGCUUUGACGUACCUUUGAACUCGGAACGAACCGUUCUGCCGCAUGACCUAUCGAUAUGGUGCUAAAUGUGUCUGUGGACCCAACGCUCUCUGUCUCCAGGCAGUUAUAUCGUAUACUUUGAAUGUUGUUGUAAUAGUUAUCCACCGCUGGUGUUUACGUGGACGUUUCUGUAAACUCAGAUGCUCUCUGGAGUUUCACGCUUUGCCUGUGUUGGGCAAGUGUACGAUCUAGAACCUAACUCCAAAUUUCACUGCUACUCUGUAUACUUCUGCUUGGUUCAUUUCUUCCCUCUUCGUUAAGCACGACUUUAGAUGGAAAGCCUGUGUACGGUGAAUAAACAAGAUUCCAACUUUUGACUCUCUUCCCCAAUUUCCUAGAUUAGAUUUCAAGCUAAUUUUCUUCUCCUAAAGCCUCUAACAACCAACCUAGUUAGAAGGAAGCAAAAUUACCUUAAUCUGGGUGCACUGUUGUGGGACCAAUGCCUUCAUUAAAGAAUGAAGAAAGUCAUCAUAGAGAAUAUUUUUGGCAUUCCUCUAAUGUUGUGUGGGUUUUUUUUUUUAUGCAAGGGGGGGUGG